CAGAAAAUUCAAUUUCACUCGCCGGAAUCCUCUGAUCCUCGCUGGAAAACUGCGACAAAACCACACUUUUCGAUUUUUUCGGCCAUUUUUUGUCAUUUUUCCACAAAACCAACAACAAACCCACCCUUCCUACACCAAAAGCGGCCUAUCCCUCCAUUUUGAGUAGAUUUGGCCGACGUUUUUGUCGCCGGAGGCGAUUUCCGGCGAGACUCCGGCGAGGCUCCGACGAGCACUUUCGGGCACUUUUUCGGCUUUUCGUCGCUUCCAUCGCCUUCCCCUCCUCAUCCCCUACACCUCUACUUGAGUCUCCAGGUUUGAUUUUUCCCUUAACUAUGUUAAUUGUGGAGAAUUGGGUGUUAGGGUGCACGUUUAGAGAACCUCAUUGAAUCUUGUGAUUUUUGUGCAAUUGAUUGAGGGGAAUGCAUGGAGUGUGUUUGAAUUGUGUUGGGAAAAGUCCCUCUUGGUUGUUUGAGCCCUUGUGUGCAAGAAUUGUGCCAAUUUCAUGCUUACCUUAAUAGUGCACACAAGGUGUUCGAUGAAAUGCCUGUUUUGCAUGCUAUGUUGUGGGCACCGGUUGUGGCCCUUAUUGAUGUGCUUUGAGGGUGUGUUUGCUAUGGAUGUGAACCUUAAGUUGCCUACUUUAGCGUGAAUGUGUACCCCCACUCAGAUUAUGCUUGAUUUAUCGAGUUUUUGACCCCGAACUAUGAAUGAAACCAUGGUUAGGCUGUUUUCUGUUCUUAAGUGUGGGGGUGUGAUUAACAUUUUCCUUGGCUCUUUUGGUUCCACUUUGGGCUAUUCUUUUGCAGGACCAUGUCGAAGCCCAACCUCUGGCAUCAAUAUGUUCAAUAUUUGAGAAGGGGACCCCACCGGGAUCGUUUUCAGAACGUCCUGGCCUGCAAGUUUGGGCAGCAUCAUUACUGGUCCAAGCGCGAGUUGGAGAAGCUGAACUGCUACGAGCACCUCUCCCCCGUUGUCACCAACCGCUACUGGCGUCGCCUACUCAGCAUUCGCGCGAAGGUUUACCAUGAGCUCGUGCUUGAGUUCUACACUACCUUCAAGCACGCAGCCACAGACGAUUGGAAGGACGAAGCUGCCAUCCAGUUCCGACUCGGCGGUGAACCACGAUCCAUGAGCUACGACGAGCUGGCGGACGCCCUCGGCCUCAACCUGGUCAAUGACAGGACCUACAUCACCGAGAUCGCCGAGCCAGCAUGGGUGGACUUCGGGAGGCUGUACUUCAGCCUCGCUCGGCCACGUCAGCUUCCCUUCAAGGCGGGGAAGACGAAGGCCAACACAUUGCAGCUCGAAAAUCGUAUCCUCCAUCACAUGCUGGCCAAGUCUUACACCCCCACCUCAGACAGUGCCAGCGCCAUCACCAAGAGAGCCAUGUACUUCAUCCAGUCCAUGCGCCAGAGGGAUCAUCCCCUACACUUGGGCUCGGUGGUGGCGAGGACCUUCGAGAAGAGUGCUUCUGAGCUGAAGAAACUCCACUGCACUCCCCUCAUCACCUGCCUGGCAGAGUACUUCCAGAUAUCCCUGCAGGGGUGCACAGAGCAAGGAGAGACCACUCCAUUUGGCCGGUUUACGAUCAACAAAAUGCAGCUGCUUCGCGAAGAGCGAGGUGUCAUAUGGAUCGAGGGGUUUCCUCAACCUCAGAUCCCAGAGGAGGUCCAGCCGGAGGUUCUAGAGGGUGCAGCUGAUGAGGAGGUCCAGCCCGAGGACGUGGAUGACACUGCUGCCGCCUGCCCCACCACCUUCGAGUACGGGGGUGGCAGUUCUAGCUUCCCCGGCCAUGAUUACUUCACCUCCCAGUUCGAGCAGCUGCGUCUCCAAAACCAGCAGAUCCUCGACCAUCAGAUGCAGUUCCAGCAGCAGUACGCGGCCCACCAGGCCGGGUACCACCAGAGGAUGGCUGUUUACGAUGAGAGAUUGUACCAGAUCCAGACCCAGCAGGGAGUGACUCUCGCACACAUCGAGCGAGAGAGGCGCCGUUCACGGCGCAUGCAGGAGGUCCAACAGCAUUUACUCCGGCUGCUACCGGGCGAGCAGCCCGUUUGGAAGAGCCCCUAGGAGGACUCUCCACUUCCACCUCCCCCAGCGGAUGGUGAUGAUGGUGCUGAUGGUGAUGACGCCUUCAUGGAUGACAUCGACCUGGAUAACCUCGGCGACGAGUAGGCUGUACUCGUUGCCCAUCUCAGUGUGUUUUGUUUUUCGUUUUAGACUUGUGUGUGUUUGCUCCAUGUGUGAGGAGCUUGAACUUAGUGUCGUUUGUUUUUGUUUUUCUUUUUUCUUUUGUGGAUUGUUUUUGCGGUAGCCGUCUGGGCUAACACUUAUCCCUAACAAAACGUGUGCUAGUGU